AGAAGCGGUUUCAAGUGACCCCUGGUUUUUAAAAAGCACGCUCCUACACACCCUUUAGAACCUUGAUCCAAAAUCCUUACAAAGCAAAACAGCAAGCAACCGGUAAAACUUCGAGGAAAAAACCAUGGUGGGUCAGCGGAUGAUGGUGACGAAGCCGAGCCGCAGCGACGAGGUGCCGGACGAGGAGGAGCAGCUGAAGAUCGCCAAUCAGGUCCGAGCCCAGUUCGAUUCCCUGGCCCCGAGGCGCCCUCUCAAGCCCAACCGCAGCGAACCGGACCGGUCAUCAUCAUCCCCCGUCGACUCCUCCGGCAGCUUCGAGCACGCCAUUCCCGAGCUCGACAAGCUCAGGUCUCUCCAGUCCCAGUCCCCACAGAUAUAUUAUCAGGGCCUGUUCGCUGCGGGAUCGGGUUCGACGGACGUGCAGGGCGAGUUCGUGGAGACCCAGUAUUACAAAGAGCUGGAAUCGGUCGACAAACAGCAUCACGCGACGGGAAGCGGGUUCAUAAGCGCGAUCGGAGAAGGCCGCCACAACGGCAGCGGGUACGACGUUCGGUACGAAAGAGACGGUUUCAAGAGCGGCCCGGAUGGCAAGCCGGCCGUUCGAAGCAAUCCGGCGACGAACGAUUGGGUCCCGAGCGAUGCGUCUCGUCAGUGAGUUUUCAUGUUCUAGGACUAUGUUUCGACGAAGCCCAACAGGAGCGAGAGUUCUUAGAUCUCUUCAGUAGCAUCGUGCAGGCGUUGAAAGUUGGAAAACAUUUUCUUUUUUUCUCCUUUUGUCCUUAAUUUCGGAAUAAAAGACGCAUCAAUUUAAGAAAAGCUUGGAAAAAUCAUGUCUCGUCGAUGAUAAGGAUGACGACUUUUGCGCGUAAAAAAGUGGAACUAUUCGACCAACAAUGUUUGUUUAUGGUUUGAGCUUAUCCGUUUGCCGCCAUUAGCACAUACGCUAAUAGCUAGAAACAUGGUGCGGUUGUUGGAAUAGUCCUGGUUGGUAUGUCUAUCUCUAAUCUAUACAUAUAAUCAAAUGAUUGA